GUUUGGUAAAAGCAGUGAACCGGUAAGUUUGAGAAACACGAACCAGUUCGGUAUUUUAAUUUUCAAUCCCGCUACGUUACCAACAGCAUUUCUGCCAACAUCUGCCAACCUUAAUUGGACUGGACUCUAAGUCCACUUAAUUCCAAAAGCCACAUCCCCAAUUAACCCAUAUUAAUCCUAAUUUCACUAGUUUACCACACUAACCCUAAUUUACCUUAUACCAUUUUGUUGUUACCGUGGACACACUCCCCCAAACCCCAUAUCCUUUUCCAGCGUCGCAUACCCAUAAGCCCCGUUAGACAAGUCCCCUCGGCGCCGCCUCUGCCUGCCACCUGUGCAGCCCGAGUUGCUCCACCCACCUGCGAGGACGCUGUCGUCUUCAACACCACAACACAACCCUGCCACUGCUGCUACUCACGGAGGUCGACGCCACCGAUGCUAGUUCUCACGGAGGUUGAUGUUGCCGCGGGUGUCCUUCUCGUCUGAAGGCGUCGAUGACGCAUCGCCUCCUCCAGGUCGCAACAGCAACCACCUCUGUGUCCACGCCACCCUGCCGCGUUUAGCCGUCGACCGUCGCACGCCGCUUUCUGCAAUCAUCUCGAUGUUCUCCAUUUGGCCUCAUGCAGCGAAUUUUGGGACUGCUAAGACCUUGCAGCGUGAGGCGGGCGACAGAGGUGCUGGUGCUGGUGCCGGUGCCGAUGCCAUGUCCAGGGUUGCUGAAUCAUAUGAAUACAUUACCCUGAGAUCAAAGUCAGAACUUGUAAAUGGUUGAUCACAUGGUGCUUGACAUGAAUUCCUAAGAGAAGGCUUGUUCUAAUUUUUCGGGAGAUGCAUAGAUGGAGAAGAAACAAAAGCUUGUGCAGUAUAGAGAAUUCUUUGAUAAGACCCUUGCCUCAUCUGAUCUUACAAAUAAUGAGAUGCUCAAAAAACUUGUUGAAAGCCAACUUGUAUGUUCUUUGGAAUGAGAAGUAGAAUGUCAUAACAUUCCCUUGUGUCCUUUGAAUUCAUUUAGGCAGAAAUUGUACUAGCUUAGUAGA